AUGUUGUCGCCCAAGUUUUUUGUCGUCGUCAUCGCGUCGUUAAAUUUGACAUGGAAAGUUGACUGCGUGCCAGUCGGAAAUUUAAAAUUUGCGUCAAAUAAUGACGAGCUAACUGGCCAUGUGGUUGGACGAGAACGUAGAAGUUUGACGAAAGAAAAGGAUAAUGCAGAUGAAGACUACGAGGGACCUCCAAACAAACGUAACUGUCGAUCUUUGACGUGUGAUGAAGAGGAAAACUCCCGCCCAAAAUAUGGCAAAACUAAAAAAAUUACUGAUGACGACGUAAACGGAGAGGACAACGGAGGUCCAAAUAAGAAACGUAAUUACCGAUCUUUGACUUGUGACGAAGAGGAAAACUCCCGCCCAAAAAAUAGGAAAAAUAAGAAAAAUAAUGAUUAUGAAACCGGAAACGGAGGCGGAGAUGACAAUGGGGGCCCAAAUAAAAAACGUAAUUGCCGAUCCUUAACGUGCGACGAGGAAGAAACCACCCGCCCAAAAAUCACAAAAAAUAAAAACAACAAUGAUUACGACGACAACAGCGGGCCAAAUAAAAACCGUAAUUGUCGAUCCUUGACGUGCGAUGAGGAGGAAAAUUCCCGCCCAAAAUAUGGAAAAACUAAAAAGAUUAAUGAUUACGAUAACGGAAAUGGAGACGACAACGGUGGCGGUGGCGGGAAUAAGAAACCACCGAAGCCAUCCAUCGCGCGCGCAUUCGAACGAAAGAAACCCGCCGAUAAAAACGAGGAUGAUAACAACAACCCUAAAAAUGAGCCCGUCGACUCUGAAAAUCCUCCCACUAAGGGUAAAUCUUCACCCGCCAACUUAAAAUCCGGCGCGAAGGGCGCCAUCACCGCCAACGCAGCUGCUAUCGAUGGCGCCGCUACAGCCACCGCGGUCGAUAAGGUUGGUCUGGGCGCUAUAGCGAAUGCGAUCAACGGCACGUCCGCCGUCUCUACGGCGCUCACCACGAAAAAUGCGGACGCUCAAGCGAGAUCCGAAACGUAUGGGGAUGGCGGCGCUAAAUCCAGCGCGCUCGCGACCGGAGGUGGCUGCGCGUUUGGGACGUCAUCCUCGAAAGGAAAGGGAGCCUCGAGUGCGAACGCGGUUUCCAAGGAUGACGCGGCAGAGGCAAAUUCAAAAGCGGAACAUGGCGGGGGAUCCCAAUCGAAUGCCGUGUCUGGGGGGAAGGGGGACGCGUUGUCGUCCAGUAUUGGGGAAGGAGGGGGCGGUUCGAGAGCGGUGGCGACGGCGAAAGGAGAGGGGAAUGCGGUGUCGGGGUCGAUGACGGAGGGCGGAGGGGAUUCACAGGAGUAUAAUUCCAAACGAAUCUAUGUGCUUUUGAAGAGCGACUCGCACUCUAUCUCGUCCGCCGUGAAGGGUGGCGGCUCUCAGGCGACGUCCGUCUCGGAGGGAGGCGCCUCCAGAGCGGACGCCAUGUCGGAGCAUGGCGACUCUGUGGCCUCCGCAAUUUCGGAGGGAGACGAUGAAAAUCCGAAAGGUGGCUCAAAGGGGGAUGAAGACUAA